UUUCACUAUAGUUUCAUAUAGUGAGAGAGUCUCGGACCAGAGAGGACAGCUUCAGAAUAGAGGGGUGUCCAUUUACUGCUGAGAUGAGGAAGUUCUUUAGCCAGAGGGUGAUGUAUCUGUGGCAUUAAUUGCCACAGACUGUUGUGGGGGCCAAGUUAUUGGGUAUAUCUAAAGUGGAAGUUGAUAGGUUCUUGAUUAGUCAGGAUGUCAAAAGUCAUGGGGAGAAGGCAGGAAAAUGGGGUUGAGGGAGAUAAUAAAUCAGCCAUGAUGGAAUGGAGGAGCAGACUCAAUGGGCCAAAUGGCCUAAUUCUGCUUCUUUGUCUAACAUUCUCCCUCUGCUCCCUACCCCCUGCCUCCCCCCAGUGAGGGGACUUGUACAUAAUGAAACGAGCUGGAGGCAAGUGAGAUGGUACUCGUCACUCCGCUAGGUCAGGGAGAAAUGGACUCUAUGUCUCCCUCAUGAUAGCAGGUAAAGGGGGUUCUCUGACAUCCUUCUAGAAUCUCUCACCAAAUGUCCUGCCCAGGCACCCCACCAGGCAAGUGGGGAGUCUUUCCUCACACUCCUGACUUAUAGGCGAGGAAGAGGUAAUGUAGAAGAUGUAGAGUGCAAGGACAAACUCUACCUAUUGAAUAGGAGAAUAUUCCAUCACACUCCUGACCUGUAGAUGGGGGUAAAGAUAAUGUGGUGGAUGUGGUGUGCAUGGACUAAGCCCCCACCACCCCCCAAGGCAAGCAGGGAAUGUCCGCUCACAUUCCAGACUUGUAGAAGGGGGAGAGGUAAUGUGGUGGAUGUGGUGUGCAUGGACUAAGCCCCCAGGGAAGCAGGGAAUGUUCUGUCACUCUCCUGACUUUUAGACGGGGCUGGGGUGAAGUAAUGUGGCUAAUGUGGAGAGAAUGGGCCAUCCCCACCAAGCAAGCGAGGUGUGUUACGUCACACUCAUGACCUGUACGUGAGGGGCAGGUAGUGUGGUGGAUGUGGAGUGCAUGGAAUAAUACCACCCAGGUAAGUGGAGCGUUUUCCAUCAAACUACAGAUGAACUCUGUUGGUGCGGGGACAGUGAAAGACCUUGGGGUAAUCAGGAGGCUCCCCCAUCCCUGACGUGCUCCGAGGCGUGGUGUUGAUGCAAUUGGUCCAGGUGGGAUUGUUGACUCAGCAACUCUUCCUCAGUAUUGUGGGGUACAUGGGGUACAGGUGUGGGCUGCUUGACCUACUGAGGGGCCUGAAGGUCAUAGAGAGGGUACGGCUCUGCAUCAAGCCCUUUGGCCCAUCAGCUCUGUGCUAACCCAUCCACACAAAUCCCAUUUAUCUGUAUUAGGUCUGUAUAUGUCUAUGCUUUGCCUAUUUAAAUAUCUGGAUAAAUGCCUCUUAAACUCA